ACCCAGCUGCCAGCGCAGGCGGUGCUGCCAGCAUUUCAUUGCAUCGCCAGGCUGGGACGGAAUAAAGGCGUGCUUGUGUGGUAGUGUUUCUUUUUUAAAAGAAAAAAAAAUCUCCAAGCCAAGAAGAACAAGCUGAAAUAGCAUCCAGAAAAUGGAGCGUAAAAUAAUCAGAAGAGAAAAAGAAAGGGAGUAUGAAGGGAGGCACAACAGCCUGGAAGAUGCUGAGCAAGGCAAGAACUGCAAAUCCACAUUGAUGACCCUCAACGUUGGUGGAUAUUUAUACAUUACUCAAAAGCAAACACUGACCAAGUACCCAGACACUUUCCUUGAAGGUAUCGUGAAUGGGAAAAUCCUCUGUCCAUUUGAUGCCGAUGGCCAUUACUUCAUAGACAGGGACGGGCUCCUCUUCAGGCAUGUCCUAAACUUCCUACGAAAUGGAGAACUUCUAUUGCCUGAAGGGUUUCGAGAAAAUCAACUUCUUGCUCAAGAAGCAGAAUUCUUCCAGCUCAAGGGGCUGGCGGAGGAAGUGAAAUCCAGGUGGGAAAAAGAACAGCUAACACCCCGAGAGACUACUUUCUUGGAAAUAACAGAUAAUCACGAUCGUUCACAAGGACUGAGAAUCUUCUGUAAUGCUCCUGAUUUCAUAUCAAAGAUCAAAUCUCGCAUUGUUCUGGUGUCCAAAAGCAGGCUGGAUGGGUUUCCGGAGGAGUUUUCUGUGUCGUCAAAUAUCAUUCAAUUUAAAUACUUCAUCAAGUCUGAGAAUGGCACUCGGCUCGUCCUAAAGGAAGACAACACCUUUGUCUGCACCUUGGAAACUCUUAAGUUUGAGGCCAUAAUGAUGGCUUUAAAGUGUGGCUUUAGACUGCUGACAAGCCUGGACUGUUCCAAAGGGUCAAUUGUUCACAGCGAUGCACUUCAUUUUAUCAAGUAAUUACCUGUCUCGUGAACAAAGGCAACAAGCAUGCAGCCUGCAAGCUUCAGAAGCCACAGAAUCAAAGGCAUUCCAAACACCGCGCCCAGCUAGCUUGUCUCAGAGUCCGGCGGCUAACCCAGUACUGUGAGCUGACGGUAUGUAAAGCUAUCACUAGAGAUGUCCUUCUCU